UUGAUCAGAGACAUCCCAGCAGAAUAAAACGGAUUGCUUUUUCUGGUGUUGAUUUCAUUCCAAUAAAUGAGCUAGUCUGUGCUCAAAGAAUAAAAUUUACUGUAUGGAAUUAAGGAUUCUGCAUUCUAUAAGAGAGAGGAACGCUGUAUCGGUGUAGAAUAUGCAUGAGAGAACUGACAAAAGUGAAUGACAGUAUGGAUAUGAAGUGAUAGAGUCAUUUAUGAAAAGUAUACAGAACUGAGUGAUUUCGCAAACAAAAACAAUGGCUAAACUUCAUCGAUUUUUAAAACUGAACGAUAGAUUUGAUUCCCAAGUGUUCACGUUCCUUUUACCAAGUAAGCUGGUAACGGAUGAUAAUCCGGAUACAUACACUAAAGACGUUGUGUAUGGUUAUCAUAAGUGGACCGCCUACUUCAUACGUACAGAAUUACAUCUUGGAUGUUUCCUGAAGUUGCAGUCAGCAUGUAAUGGGAUGAAAUGUCAGAUCGAUUUCUCAUUUACGUUACUAAAUAGAGAACACUUUACAAGAAACGAGACAUUUAUUGAAAAAGGGUGUGUAUUUACUACCGAGUCCAGUCAACACGGUAGGAAAAAUUUCGUCGGUCUCAAUGAUUUAUUGGAGAGAGAUUUCACACAAGUGUCUGGUGAUUAUCUCAUAGAGCUUGAAAUGAGGAAAAUAAACUGCUCAUUUGAAUGUUAUGUGAGAAUACCCCGUGAAACACACUCGAGAUAUGCAAGCGAUACCAAGUUAGAAUCAUCAUAUUUUUCAUACGGUCUGUUUGACUGGAGUAUUUCAUUGUAUCCGAAUGAGGGAUCUGUUGAGCAAGAUGAAAAUAUUGCUAUGCAAUUACACCGACAUACAAGCUUUGAUCAUAUAUGCAAUGUUAGGUAUUAUGUGUCAAUAGGCGAAAAUGGUGCCUUUCAAUCUGAGGAAUUAGACCAGCUAGUUGACAUCGCAGGUAACGGAGAAGUAUACAUCGUGAAUGGUUCACUAAACCAGCUAACAAAAGGGAGGUCUUCCCUAAAAAUGAAGAUCACUAUGGUAUCUGUUGUAUCAAUUAGCGAAGUGACCUUGAAUGUAGCCGGAAAGUCAAAGAGCAGGGCACAUCUUUAUGACAGGGAUAAACAAGCGUGGCUUAUGGAGGCAGACACAACUGGUAAAACUUUGUCAUUCCGCCUGUACUAUACUGAUAUCACACAUGUGCCUAGAAAAUACAGCCGCUAUGUGUGUUGGAACAUACUUGUCUUAACUAGAUACAUUCCUGAGCAUAAAGUGAAGACAAAUUAUGGCCCUUUUGCCAAAUAUUAUGUCCAACAAGACCUGGAUGAAGGAUACAAUAUAAUGACAAGUAUUCCAGUUGUUGAGCUACAAGAUGAAAACUGUUUAUAUACUGAACCAGAUGAUCCAAGGAUUACAGUACAUAUUGAAUGGGUUGACUCGCAUCUGUUGUCUCAACCGAAUUACCACGCGUAUGACGACAUUGACAAACUUCAGAAACAACAAAUGAAGAGAGAAAUAUUGGCUUUGCAAUCUGAAAAUUUUGUGCUUGAGAAACAACUUCAUAGUUAUCAGCAAUCUAUCGCUAAGACAACGGAGAAAGAGACAGAGAAGGAGAAAGAGAAAAACCAUACACAAAUAACGCAGCCAAAUAACGUUGUUGACAAAAUUCAGUCUCGUGAAAUCCGAUACAAUGAACGAAUACCGUCAUCAAUUCCCUCAGAAAGGAAGAGUUCGCGAGACGAAAGUGGUUACUAUAGUGACAGAACGUCUAGUUCUUAUUACAAUGAAAAGAUGGCAAGUAACCUUACGGAUAAACCACGAAAUGACAGGCCGAAAAAUGAAAGCAGGCGAAGUAGUUCCUCAUCCAGGGAUGGAAAAAGAGAUAGAAAUUAUGACAGGUCAAAUUACGAACGAUCUAAUUAUGACAGAUCAGGCUACGAAAGAUCGAAUCCGGAAAGAUCAAAUUAUGAUCAUGUUAACCAAGAAGGAUCAGGUUAUGAAAGGUCCUCAAGCGAAAGAAUAUCUUACCGGUAUAGAUAACGCUUUGUAUAAGUAAGAAUGGGAGGCAAUAUCUUAUGAAAAAUAUAUUCAUGUUUUCACAACACUUUCUAUUCCAUAUAUGUAAUGAUAUAUAUUAACUUGUUUAUCACUGUAAAAUUUCACUACCAAACUAAGACCCUUUCUUUAUAAUGAAAGGUAUAACACAUUUAUUGUACAAUUAGGUAAAACAAUAUUCAGUUUUUGGACUGGCGAGCGUCAAAUCGCAAGACCAUUUUGUUUUAACCAUAAUGUCAAACUCGUGCAGUCUACUCUUUCUGCUUUAAUCAAGCUGACCGGCCCGGAACAAAAACGCCAUCAAUGCCAGGGUAGGCAUUUAAAUAUAGUUCCAAAGAGCGUAUUUCUUUUACAGAAUUUCUGUGUAUACAUAUUUUUAGUGUGGAGAGAGACAACAAACGUCUUAAAGAUACAAGUCCUGGACAUUCAUAGACUUGCUUAUGUACCUGUUAUAGACUGACUACCACAUUCUUACAGACUAAGAGUGACAACUUUGUACUUUUUUAUAUACUUUCACGCCUCUCAACUAACAACAAUUAGCAGUUUGAUUCUUCUUUUUUCUUUUGUUUUUGAUAUACAUACAUAUAUAUGCAUAUGUUUUUUGCACUCUUUUUUACUCCUUAAACGCGAAUGAAUGCACAAAUAAUGAUUAAAAUAUCAUUUAUUUAUAUGGCUGGGUUUUACACCACAACAACACAAUAUUAUUCAUUUUACAACUUUCCAACUUUAUUGAUGGAAAAAGAUUUCAGGUGUCCUUUCGUUCAUUAUUGCUGGCUGAAACGGGUACCUGCAUAAAACCACCGAAGUUCCAUAUGCUAGCUGGAUAUCUUCCUUACAUAAAAAAGUUCAAAGUCUCUGGCAGGAUUCGAACCCUCAGCGGGGAGGGGCAAUUGUAUAAAUUAUCUAAUGUGUAAGAACAUAUAUUUAUGCUUGCUUGAGUAAAAUAAUUAUCUAUCAAAAACAUUUUGGUGAUGAUACAUUCGGAUAAAGAUAUUAUGAAUAUAUUUUUAGGAGAAACCACUUUAAAAUUUCAUGCAUUAAAUAACGAAAUUGUUAGAAUGAAAUCUUCUUUUGGAAAAAAUUAGAAUGUUCUACAUGGUCAUUUUCAGUUUAAACUGACAGAGAUUUAAAAAUAAACUUGGUUAAAAUCAUUUAAUUGAUCGUACACAUUCUAAAUUCACACUAUUUUCUAUUGAAAGCAGUUCAGACUGUAUCAAAUGUCGAUAGUGAUGAAACCGAUAGCACAUCUUUCUGUACUUUUUAAGUGUUCACAUUGAUUUACUUAUGCAACUGUUUAUUAUAUAAUGUAUUUACUUUCACUGUUAUGAGAACCAUCUUUCUCUACGUCGUGAUAACUUACUAUAGCAUUGACAUCUGCUGCAAAAACAACACACAUACCUUUGCAAUCUAUAUUGAAUGUUUGCACCGCAGACAAUAUAAUAGCGUGUGUAUAUAUAUACAUGUAUAAAAAAGUAUGUUUUGGGAAAUGCAGAGUACAAAGUUCGUUAUUUUUUAUACGUUUAUUUCUGUUAGCGCUUUCAAUGUUUUUUUUAAAUAUCUUCAGACAGUAACGUAUAAUAUAAUUAUAACAGAUAUAACAAUGACGUAACGUUAUAAAAGUGCGGAUAUACAUGUAUAUAUAUUUAUUAGAUUUAUAAUGAGUGCUUAGUAUAGACUAUGUUUAAUGUAACAUGAUGUACAAUAUUAUUAAUGUAUUUUGUGGAUAAGAUAAUAAAAUAUGCAUAUACAUGUACCACAAAAUAAUAACUGCAUUCCUAAUACUGUUUUAGUUGUCAUAUUAAUAUUUGAAACUGAUAAAAUAUCAAAUACAAUUUAUAUUCAUUUGUUGACACGAAAUUUUGUGCAUUGUUUAUUUGGAGUGUAUCAUUCUUAAAACAAUUUCAACGUUCUAAUUUGUUUAUCCGUGAUAACUUGUAUUGUUAUUGUUAUUCAUAUUUACACAAUUAACUAUUGAAUUUAUAUCAAAUAAUUAUAUUGUAAGAGUUAUUUCUUCCCACAAAAAAAAGAGAACUGUAUCUGUUAAGUUAUGAUAAAAUGUUAUAUUCAUGUAUAAUACACUAAAAUGAACUCUUUGACAUAUAAUUGGAUAUGUUCAGAUAAUUUCAAACAAAUACAUGAAUAUAUCAUGAUUAGAAUCAAAUAUUUCUAACAAAAUAUAUACAAAUAAUAUAAACAAACUUUUCUUUGACUAUUGUUCGGGCCGAAAAAGAAGAAAUAUUUCUUUCUAUGGAAACAAUGAAUAAAGACAGCAGCCC